AUGUUCCGCAGGCCCGACCUGCUCGUGCUCGACUACAGGCAGAGCCUGCUCGGCAGCACCCGGUAUUGGCUCGGCCUGGGGGCCGGCGGCUGCCCCUGCGUGGCGGACCAGGUGACUGGGCAGGCCCGGCACGCGGAUGACGAGACCCACCCGCGGUUCGUCCAUGCGGCAUCGAACUAUUGGGAGUGCCUCGAGCAGAUCAGGCCUGCGCUGGCCGCGAAGGCCACCACGAGCAGUGCACUGCGGGGGCCACGCCCUACGUCGAAUAAUGGAGCCCCGGUGGCUGGAUGGCAACUGCGGUGA